UUAUAGUUCUGCCACUUUUGGCUACGUUCCUAUAGCCGUUUCUUGAACUUCUGGCUAUGUUCAUCUAGCCUUUUUUAUGCAUGGUGUUCUAGAGUUGAGGUGAGCUGUAAUUGUUAGUAUUACUACUAUGUUUUGUUUACAGGAAAAUUGCUUACCAAGUGGAUCAUGGGACAUGGUCUGAAAAGACUGGAUAUGAUUUUCCAGCUUUGCCACGUCAGACAAGAGGGAAUGAUUGUGGUGUUUUUGUACUCAUGUACACCCUCUCAAUGGUGUGUGGCAUUGGGUUUCAAUUCCAGGAGAUGGAUAUACCUAUCAUCCGUCAGUGGUGGUGCCUUCUACUCAUGGAACAAUUUCAAACUGAUGGGAUAUACUCGGUGGGAAAAGGUCAAAUUGGUUUCCACUAAACCCCGUUCUCAAGUGCCUGUCUUCAUUGAGAAUGAGCAGUCCCAGUCAAUCAUUUAUGACUACAUCAGAGGAAUUCUUAAUAAAACCAAAACACAGCUGACCUUCAAUGAUGAGGUGGAGUUCAUUUGUGGAUGUCUCCUCCCAGAGGCCAUAACUCAUGGCAUUUCCGAGUUACAAGGCUUGUCUUGGCAGGAGGCUGAAGAUGUCUUCCUCCAGGGCCCCAUUUAUCACGCAAGUGAAGUUGAGGAAUUUAACAGAAGAAUUGCUCGAGAAAUGAAAAAUCUCCCCAACAAGAAUCUCGAUGACUUGUAGGACCUCAUGAAAAUUUAUAAAAAAAUAAAGUUUGGUGUGAGAAAAUUACUCAGAGUACUAUCAUUUAUUCUGUGAAUAAUAAGAUAAUGUUCAUUCCCUCAACUCAAUACUAAAGAGUUUGAUAAAUCCUUAAUGAUUUAAAAACAA